AUGCCGCAUAUUCCAUUCUUACGCAGGCGAACAAACACUUCGCCGUUCUAUGGACCCAACGAUCCAAUUCCAGUUUUCCUGGCUAUUGUCAUGGGUAUCCAGCACUUCCUAUCAGUCAUUGGUGGUGUAAUCACUCCAACAAUUUUGAUUUCAGGCUCAGGUAGUAAUGCAUUGAACCUUGACCAAGAUCUGCGACAGUAUAUGAUUUCAGCGUCUUUGAUCGUAUCUGGGUUGAUGAGUCUAAUCCAGAUCGUCCGUUUCCGAGUUCCAAAAACAAGAUAUUACAUUGGUGCUGGUUUGUUGCAGAUCACUGGUGUUUCAUUUGCCAAUCUUCCAGCUGCCCAAGCGAUGGUAUCGAACAUGUAUACCAACGGAACCGUGAAUCCCUUGCCUUGCCCUGAUGCCUUUGGUGCUAUUCUCGGUACUCAAAUGGUCUGCGCCCUUCUGACAAUUGCAAUCAGCUUUUUGCCCCCUCGUAUCAUUCGCAAGUUGUUCCCUAAGAUUGUCACCGGCGUUGUCCUUUUGGUUAUCGGAAGUUCAUUGUUGACGAGUGCCAUGCAAAAUUGGGCAGGAGGCUCCGGUCCUUGCAUGAGUCGACCCGAAUCUGGCGACUUUGCAUUAUGUCCAACGGUUUAUGCACCCAACGCACAAAAAUGGGGCAGCCCUGUCAACUUUGCAUUAGGCGCCUCCGUGUUUUUUACCAUCAUCGUGCUUGAACUCGUCGGCUCUGUCUUUUUAAAAAACAUUUCUGUCGUUGUCGGUCUUCUCUUUGGUUGUAUCAUUGCUGCCGGUAUUGGCAUGUUUGAUAGUUCAGAUAUUGCCGCUGCUCCAGCAGCCACCUUCCUUUGGGUCAAGACUUUCAAAUUGAGUAUCUAUGGACCAGGUGUUAUUCCAUUCUUGUUCGUUUAUCUGGAUAUGACAAUUGAAUGUUUGGGUGACUUGACUGCUGCUUGCGAUGUUUCAGGCAUGGCUAUUACUGGAAAAACAUUUGAAUCGCGUUGCCAAGGUGGUCUUCUCGCCGACGGUCUGUCUGGUAUUUUUUCUGGAUUGGCUACUAGCAUGGGCGUCGUUACUUUCAGUCAAAACAACGGUGUUAUUGCCGUUACAAGAUGUGCCAACCGCUACGCUGGCGUCAUUUGCGCAUCUUUACUCAUCAUUUUUGGGAUCUUCUCCAAGAUUUCCGCAGCGUUUCUAGCCAUCCCCUCACCCUUGAUCGGUGGUAUGACAGUGUUUCUGUUUGCCUCAGUUGCUACAUCUGGUAUUCGAAUUCUCGGCUAUCUUGAUUGGACGCGUCGCGACCGUGUUAUUGUCGCUGCCUCACUCGCUCUUGCCUUGGGUGUUUCCGUGGUUCCAGAUUGGUUCACGUAUGUCAUGCCAAAGGUUGAGAACUCGGCACUUCAGGGCUUUUAUGAUGCUAUCACGACCGUCGUCAGCACCGGCUACAUCAUGGGCGGUAUUCUUUCUGUUCUUUUGAACCUCAUUCUGCCAUACGAAGCUGCUGCAGAAAAGAGCGACGACAACGAAUCCAGCAAAAACUCUAUUGGGGGCGUUGACCGCGUGUUCCGCGACGAAGAAGCUGGUACUUUUUACAAUGAUAAACACUUUUCGUCGGCUGUAGGCAAUACCAAAGAAAACGCUUAA